AUUUUAGGCUUCUCUUCUGAAUAUGGUUUAAGGGCAACCAAUAAUUGAGGUGGCAUUGGAUGGCAUAGAGACACGCAAGCACACAAGAUUUUAGGAUAAACAAUUGGGGGCUUUGAAGUUACCCGUCUAUUCUGUAUUUGAUAUUGAAUAAAUUUUAUUAAAUAGGGAGAUGAUGACAUAUCAGGAGUAAUUGAAGUAAAGAUGAACAAGCAAAAAAAAAUAGAGCAUCUAGGAAUUCGAGUUGAGUUGAUAGGACGUAUAGGUAAGUAUUUAUGUAUCUAUGAAUAAAAGAAAUUCUCAAUGACCAAAAAUAAAGUUCAGAUUUCAUGUCAAUGUCUAGAGAAUUAGAACCAUAAGGAUUUUUGUUUGAGGACAAAACAUAUAAAUUUUAAUUUUAGAAGUUUGAGAAACAAUACGAAAGUUAUUAUGGAAACACAGUGAGAUUAAGAUACUAUUUGAAAGUGUAUAUGGUCAGAAGUUAUGGUAAAGUGUAGAAGGAAGUGGACUUUGCAGUUUUGAUUCCACAACCAGAAUUGGAGGAUUAACCAUAGACUUCAUUGAAGUUGGAAGUACAAAUUCUCAAUGACUAAAUAGGUUGGUAUUGAAGAAUGCUUGCAUAUUGACUUUGAAUAUUUCAAGAGCAGAUAUCACUUAAGAGAUGUGGUAACUGGCAAAGUGAAUUUCUAUUUGGUCAAAAUCAAAAUCAAAUACAUGGAAUUGGCAGUGAUCAGAAAGGAACAAUAUGGAUAAGGACCUCAAUAAUAGACAGACAAUGAGACACUAGUCAAAUACGAAUUAAUGGAUGGAUGUCCUUAAAAGGGAGAAGUGAUUCCAAUUAGAUUGUAUCUAAGUGGAGUGGAUGUGACGCCGUCGGUCAAAAAUGUUAGUGGUAAAUUCAGUGUCAAAUAUAUUCUGAAUCUGAUUUUGGUCGAUGAAGAUGAUAGGAGAUAUUUCAAAUAACAGGAAAUUACAAUAUAUAGAAAGAAGUGAUUGAGUGAUUUAAUCGUAAAUCAUCAUAUAUAAUAAUUAUUUGUAAG